CCGAAGAAGGAUGUGAACUCCUAAUUCAAACUAAGCACAAGCAACGCAACGCAGUAACAGCGAAUAAAGCCUGCUUUUCAUGGUUACCUUCGAGUGUGCAUCUAAAUGCGCCGUUCUUUACCAACAAUGUUGCAUUUUCACGGGCUUGAAAUGUCUUCGUGCGUUUGAUAAACAAAAUAUUUCGGAGAACCUGCUUUUAUUAUUAUUUUUAAAUGCUGACGUUUUUGAAGUUAUUUAAGUGAAGGAUUCCAAAAUGAGAAACUCUGGGGUCUGCGGAAGAAAGGAAUAUGCGCACUUUGUUAACCAGUGAGUAUCUCUCUCCCUGUUUUCUUAAUGAUGUCUUCAGAAGUACCCGAGAGUGCAGCUGCAUGACUUGCCAGCUUCAUAAAACGGGGAGAGGCUUCCCCAAACAAAAUGUUCUCCGAAAUCAACCGUGCAGGGGUUAAGAUAUGAAUGCCUUUUUCAUCAUUUGCCUUUGGACUUGAAAAACAGUAGAUGGAGAACCGAGAACACUUGUGAGUUGUCGGAUUUAUAUGUAUAUAUGUAUAUAUAGAUACUUCAUUGUAUAUACAUAUAUAAGUAUAAAUGUUACAUGCACUUUUUUCCUUUAUGUGCCUGAGAUUUUCCCUUUACAGUUUCGUUCGACAAAAAAGGGAUUUCAAACAACGAUUUUGAAGCUUUAAGCAGCUUUGCUAAUCAAUUAAAUUUUCUCUCCAUUAUUAUUUUUUAUUUAAAAAUGCUUAACUGCGUUUUGUUGCUAAGUGUUUUAACGGUGACUGGUUUCUCAUCCAAGACAGAAAGCCGUAAAACUUCCAAAGACCUGUGUAAGAAUCGCUGUUUGUGUGAUGAGAAGGAAAACGUGCUGAAUAUUAAUUGCGAAAACAAAGGAUUUACAACAGUUAGCCAAUUCCAGGCGCCGCAGAACAGACUGUGUCAACUAUUUUUCAAUGGAAACUUCCUAACAAGACUUUAUCCCAAUGAUUUUGUAAAUUACCCAAAUGCUACAACCUUACACCUGGGAAAUAACGGGUUACAGGAAAUAAAAACAGGGGCCUUUGUAGGACUAAAAAUUUUGAAAAGAUUGCACCUGAACAACAACAAUCUGGAAAUUAUCAAAGAAGACACCUUCCUUGGUUUAGAAAGUUUGGAAUAUUUGCAGGCCGACUACAAUUACAUCAGUGCGAUUGAGGCAGGAGCAUUCAGCAAACUGAACAAAUUGAAAGUUCUCAUUCUUAAUGACAAUUUGCUGCCUUCUUUGCCCAACAACGUAUUUCGCUUUGUUUUAUUGACACACUUGGAUCUAAGAGGGAACCGGCUGAAAAUGUUACCAUUUGCCGGGGUUCUGGAGCACAUCGGUGGAAUCAUGGAAAUCCAACUGGAGGAGAACCCAUGGAAUUGCACGUGUGACUUAGUACCCCUCAAAGCCUGGCUGGACACGAUCUCGGUCUUCGUGGGGGACAUUGUCUGCGAAACGCCUUUUAGGCUUCACGGUAAAGAUGUCACUCAGCUAAUCAGGCAAGACUUAUGUCCACGGAAAAGCACCAGUCACCCCAAUCAGCACCCACCACUCUCGGACUCGAAUUUUCAAGGGUUACCCCCCACGCUUCACCCGGGCGUCACGCCAACAAGGUCUCCUAAAGCAUCGCGACCCCCUAAACCAAGAAACCGCCCCACUCCGCGAGUCACUGUGUCCGGCAGAGACAAGAUUUUCGGACCCAUAAUGGUUUACCAGACUAGGUCGCCAGUGCCGGUCAGCUGCCCGGGCGCUUGUAUCUGCACCUCUCAGAAUCAGGAUAGCGGGUUAAAUAUAAAUUGUCAGGAAAAAAAGCUCAGCAAUAUUUCCGAUUUACAGCCUAAACCGUCCUACCCAAAGAAACUCUACCUGACAGGUAACGUUUUGCAGACAGUGUACAGGACCGAUCUGGCAGAGUACAGUACUUUGGAGCUGCUGCACUUAGGAAACAAUAGGAUAGCUGUAGUUCAGGAUGGGGCAUUUGAAAACCUAACCAAUUUACGACGAUUGUAUCUCAAUGGCAACUAUAUUGAAAACCUAUCUCCCUUAAUAUUCAAUGGACUGCAGAGUCUACAGUAUUUAUAUUUGGAGUAUAAUGUGAUAAAAUACAUUUUACCUGAGACAUUUAGCUCUCUUCAAAACCUUCAGUUACUGUUCCUCAAUAAUAACUUGCUAAGGUCGCUGCCCUAUAAUGUAUUUGGGGGUACAAUGCUUACCAGAUUGAAUCUGAGGAACAAUCACUUUUCCCACUUACCCGUCAAGGGAGUUCUGGACCAGCUUUCCCCUUUUAUCCAGAUCGAUUUGCAGGAAAAUCCUUGGGAUUGCACCUGCGACAUCGUGGAUCUUAAAAACUGGAUGGAACAAUCUAGCACUAGCGUGGUGGUAAACGAGAUCACAUGCGACUCGCCAUCUCAGCACGCAGGCAGGCUGCUGAGGUCGUUGAGGAAUGAUGCGAUCUGCCCGGAAAACACCGAGCUUAUGGUCACGGUGGUGCCAACGUUUCAACCCAGUUCGGAGGCGCCUUUUUCGCCAAGUGCGCCUCCCAGCCUUCUGCCUGAUGUUCACACAGAGGUACCCCUGUCUGUGCUCAUCUUGGGGCUGCUGGUCGUCUUUAUCCUGUCAGUUUGCUUCGGAGCAGGUCUGUUUGUUUUUGUUCUCAAAAGACGCAAAGGGGUGCCAAACGUACCCAGUAGUGCCAACAACUUAGACUUAAGCUCCUUCCAGGUGCAAUAUGGCUCGUACAGCCCAGAGGGCGGUGCGGAGAAGGCAGAGAGCCACGUAUACAACUAUAUCCCCCCUUCUGUGGGUCAGAUGUGUCAGAACCCCAUUUACAUGCAGAAAGAAGAGGAUCAAGUGGCUUAUUACAGGAACCUGCAGGAGUUAAGCUUUAGCGGCUUAGAGCCCAAAAAGGACGAGCAGACACGCAGCCCCGCCUACACCAUCAGCACGGCUGACUUCCUCGAGAAGGCGGCCAGCGGAAUCCAAGAGCCCGAGCGGCUUUACCAGAAUAUCGCCGAAAGGGUCAAGGAGCUGCCUGCUGCUGGGCUACUCAACUAUAACUUCUGCACAUUGCCCAAAAGACCGUUUGCGCCUGCGUACGAAACGUCCAGGCGUCACAACCAGGACCGAUUUAACAAAACCGUCCUGUACGGCACACCCAGGAAAUUUUAUGCAGAACAAUCAAAAAACGAGCACCCACUGCUGCAAAGCAAAACAAAAACGGAGCCGGACUACCUCGAGGUCUUAGAAAAGCAAACUGCCAUCAGUCAGCUGUGAGUCUGGCUCACAGCUCUUAAAGAAAACUCAAUGAAUACCUGACGGCCAUCGCUUCACAAUUUAAAGUUUGGAGUCACACCCCACCCCACCUCACCAACACCUUCCUGGUCACCCCAUCAGCACUAUUAUUAUUCGCCCUUUUCCGCCUUUGCUGUAUAAAGAACACAUUUUAAUAUCCGCAGGACUAACUGCUGUUCCAGGUUUUAUUGCGACGUUUUUCCUCACGUUUUUCACGUCUGUCAUAUUUUUUUUCUUCACAUUUUCCUUGAGAAAUUCACAUAAUACAAACUUCAAAAACACAUUGAUGGAAGAAGAAAGUGCGGGUUACACUCAUUUCCUAACUGUCAGCAAUGCUUUUGUCUGGAACAUUUCGGCAAGUUGUUGGUAAAAUUUGAACAGUAUGUAAGUAACAAAGGAUGCUGGUGAUUGCGAAAUAUUUUUACCAGUUAUGUCCACUUGGCGUCCCCUUUUAUUCCAAAAGUGCCUUUGCACUUAAUCUGUUUAUUUUUUAAUUAUUAUUGUCAAUAUUAUUAUUCUUGAUGGAAGUUUUAUUUGCUGUAUUUUAAGAAAUAAAAUGUAAAAUAGAUCUAUAUGUGAAACGCAUUAAAUGAAAA